UUAUCCGACUAUCAGCCCAUACUGAAUGCUCUCCGAUUGAUUUGGGACAGUGGGGUUUUAAACUUAAAGAGAAGGUAGCCAUAGACAAUGUCAAUACUGGGCAUAGCUUUGAAUUAGUUUAAAAGUAGCAAAUCUUGAGCAACUAUAAGACUCUAGAUUGCUCUGGAAUUAAAGAGUAAAAAUGGAGAAUAAUUCAGCAGGAAAUUUAACAAAUGGAGAUGGGUCUGCAUUGGGUAGCGGUGACGGGCCGGCAGCCAGUCUGCCCUCUAGUGGAGUACAUCAUCAUUUACCUCAGAUACCCACUAUGGAUAAGGGAAUAAAGAAAGCGUACAGUAAGGCUAAACAAAUGACAGGGGAUAAAGAUAAGUUAGAGAAUGUGACAGUGACCCAUGUUGAAGGUACAGGAGCUGUUUUAAAGAUAUCAGAAACAGACAUGGACGUUGAGAACCUUCUAGAUCAAGUUGAAGCAGACGCAGGUGAAUCGAAAUUAAAUGGAGACUCGAAACCAGAAGAGAAAUCCCCAGAGGAAAAAGUUGAAGUGAAGACGGAAUUGACUGUUCCUAAAAAACGAGGUCGGAAGUCGAAAGAUGCUGCCGACAGUUCAGAUUAUACUCCAUCACAGUCAGUUGUCUCCCCUUCUCCAGAUAAUCAAGAACAGCGUGUCAAAAGAGUCGUGAAGCGAAAAGUUCUCAAAUCAGAAUUCCAAGAAACUGAAAAAUCACCAAAAGAAGUAAAAGUCCAGGCAAAAGCAUCUCCUAUUGUAGCUUCUCCAGAAAUUGAGGCUAAGAAACCAGCUAAAUAUGCAAUGGGUGAUAUGUUGUGGGGGAAAGUUGGGGGUCAUCCAUGGUGGCCUUGUAUGGUGUCUGAAUGUCCUUAUACUUUCCAGUUUACUAAGCUCUCUG